UGUUGUUCACAGAGCGAUCACAAUGGGGAAAGGCUGCAUGAAGGCAACCAAGUACUUCCUGUUCCUGUUCAAUGUCCUCUUCUUCCUGUUUGGCGCCCUCAUCAUGGGGUUCGGACUGUGGGUCCUUCUGGACAAUGAGAGCUUCAUGGUCAUCCUGCAAGAGUCCUCCACAGUGCUGAAGAUAGCUUCCUACAUCCUGAUAGGUGUCGGUGGUCUCUCCAUGUUGAUGGGCUUCCUGGGUUGCCUGGGGGCUAUCUACGAGAUCCGCUGUCUGCUGGGCCUGUACUUCACCUGCCUGCUGCUGAUUCUGAUUGGUCAGGUGGCAGCCGGUGUACUCAUCUACUUCCAGAAGGACCUGGUGAGUGAUGUCACUUCCUGUUUACACAUGUUGUUAGUCGAGUUCAGGAAAAAGAGAGAUGUCAGAAAACUAACCACGCUGGGCCUGUCGCUGGGCCUGUCGCUGGGCCUGUCGCUGGGCCUGUCGCUGGGCCUGUCGCCUGGGCCUGUCGCCUGGGCCUGUCGCCUGGGCCUGUCGCCUGGGCCUGUCGCCUGGGCCUGUCGCCUGGGCCUGUCGCCGGGCCCUGGGCCUGUCGCCGGGCCUACGGUUGAGAAGGAG